AUGUCUUGUUCUGACGAAAAAAAGUACACUAUAAUGCGUUUUCAAGCUUUAAAUGAAUUAAAACUUUCUCUGAACAAAUCACUACAAAUUUUCAAUAAAAAUGAAGAUAAUCACGUAGUUAUGGCCAAUGACCUCGUGAGAUCUUUAUUUGAGAAAGCAAUUAAUGAUCUCAAUGGCAACUACACAAAUAAUCAUGGAGAUACACAAGUUGAAUGUGAAGAUGACGAUAAAAAUAUUAAUAAAAGAAAAUGGUUAAAGGAAGAAUCAGAAGAAGAAAAUGAAUCAAUACACACCAAGAAAGCUAGAUUGGGUGACUAUAGCAACCAUUUAUCGGAUUCUCUCCCUUCUAAGGAAAUUAAAACUUAUUCAUCUCCAUCUAAUAAAAAAAUUUAUAGAAAUUGA